UCCUGCGGAGCGUCGCCCGGCAUCGGGGGGCCACGGUCCCGACGGUGAGGGGCGGCGGGGCAGGAUGCGGAGCCGGAGGAGGCCGACACUGAGUGUCGGGAGGGGUUCGGCCGGCCCGAGGAGGCGGCGUCCCGCGGGGCCCGGGGGCAGGGCGGGGAAUGGCGGCUGCAGAGCGUGUGCCAGCCCUGCCCGGGAUAGCUGCCAGGCGCUCGGGAACGGGCACACCUGGCGCGGGCGAGUGGGCAGGGAGGAAGCCUCAGGGAUCAUGCUGGACGCUGUGCCCUUCCCUCGUUUGCCACCGGAGCAGGACACAGCUUUCAGACAGAAAACACAGAGAAAGAGAAAAGCAGACAGACGACAACAAUAGCACCGAAUGCAGCAAACCAGGAACCAUGGAUCUGAAAUUCACUUCAUCGAGAAAAUACAUUUCCAUCAGUGUUCCUUCCAAAUCUCAAGCUAUGUCUCCCCAUAUCAAAUCAGUAGAUGAUGUUGUUGUUCUUGGCAUGAAUCUCAGCAAAUUUAGCAAACCUACCCAAUUUUUCAUCUGUGUUUCUGGAGUUUUUAUGUUUUAUCUAAUCUAUGGAUAUUUACAGGAAUUGAUAUUUUCAGUGGAAGGUUUUAAACCUUUUGGUUGGUACCUCACUUUAGUGCAAUUUGGAUUUUAUUCCAUUUUUGGACUAAUAGAAUUGCAGUUGAUUCAGGACAAAAGAAGAAGAAUUCCUGGCAAAACCUACAUGAUAAUAGCAUUUUUGACAGUGGGAACUAUGGGUUUGUCAAAUACCUCUUUAGGAUAUCUGAAUUAUCCUACUCAAGUCAUCUUCAAGUGCUGUAAGCUGAUUCCAGUUAUGAUAGGUGGGGUUUUUAUACAAGGAAAACGUUACAAUAUUGUAGAUGUGUCUGCUGCCCUAUGUAUGAGCCUUGGAUUAAUAUGGUUUACUUUAGCUGACAGCACAGUCGCACCAAACUUCAACUUGACAGGUGUGGUCCUAAUAUCCCUUGCCCUCUGCGCAGAUGCAGUUAUAGGAAAUGUACAGGAAAAAGCUAUGAAGCUGCACAAUGGUUCUAAUUCAGAAAUGGUUUUGUAUUCCUAUUCAAUAGGUUUUGUGUAUAUUUUAUUUGGAUUAACGUGCACUAGUGGAUUAAGCCCUGCAGUAACAUUUUGCUCAAAGCAUCCAGUUCAGACUUAUGGUUAUGCAUUCCUUUUCUCCCUGACUGGGUAUUUUGGCAUAUCCUUUGUUCUAGCUUUGAUUAAAAUCUUUGGUGCCCUUCUCGCUGUAACAGUAACAACAGGACGAAAAGCAAUGACCAUUGUGCUUUCUUUCUUGUUCUUUGCAAAGCCAUUCACAUUACAGUACGUGUGGUCAGGCUUACUGGUUGUCCUUGGUAUAUUUCUUAAUGUUUACAGUAAGAAUAUGGACAAAAUCAAACUGCCUUCACUGCUUGGUCUUUGGAAAAAAAGUGUGGAAGAAAGAAAAUCAAGGACGUUGUCACAAACUGUAUAGACAGUGGUUCAUGCCUUGUCUAGAGAUGGACUUACUAUUUUAUUGGAACAGUCUUCAACUGAUUCACUUUCCAAAGGGAAUGUUAUGAAAACCAAAGGAGCUGAAGGCAUAUUGUCUGCUUGCAGAUUGCUGUAAAUGCACACUUCUGUGAGCCCUUUCUUCAGAGCACUUGAAUCAUCACAAGUGGUGUUGUAGGCCCUUGUCAGACGGUUUUAUCGGCAAUGAAGGACAGCAGCUCCUGGCACACGGCUGAGAAGCUGCACCCCAGUGGGACACAGUAGAAGACUAGUUUGGGCAUUUUAAUAAUAUUGGCCAUGUGGCUGAUCCGAGAUUAGUGGUUCUUUGUUAAUUGUCUAGGUGGGAUAAUUUAAAUGUAAUGCUGUAUUAAUCACCAACUGGUUGACCAAAUUGUGAAUUUAAGGGUGGAAGGUUCAGAAUACAGUAUGUUGUCAUUCUUUUAUAUUUGAAAUAAAAAUGUUGAGGUUUUUUUAAGUUAUUGUUUAGAUCAUCACAGAACUUGAUAUUUAUUGUAAUAAUUGAAAUUUGUAUGGAAGUGCUAGUGUUACUCUUUUUGAGUAUUGCUUGUAAGUAACAAAAACUGAGAUUGUUUGUGCAGUCAACACUCAUGCUUUUGCUAGGGGAAAAUGGGUUUUUAGGCCUGAAUGGGGUGAGAUUAAAACAGUGGUGUAAGAAACUAUUAUUUGCUUAAUCUGUGGUGAAAUACAGAAUUUUUCGUAGCCUAUACCCUCUCUAUCAUAGUGGUAUAAAAAGACAUGGAAGUUCUCCUUAAGUUCAUAUCAUCAAAUCAAAAUUCUUCAAUUUCAAUAUUGGAGUAAAUAAUAACAGUAUCAGCUAAUGUGAUUGGAAUAUGUAUUGUGUCAGUCUGUGUGGUCUUCUGAUGAAGUUAAGAGGAUUAGGGUACAGAUUAUGGUUUUCUUUCUUCAGUGACAGGAGGAGACAAUGUGCUACCAGUCUGUCUUUUUCAUCGUGAAUUUAGGAAGACUAAGUCCAUUUAUCUCUCUUUCUUUCAUAGUCAACUUGCUUUUGAAUCACUUGCCAUCUCUUUCAUGUUAUAUAUUUAACAACAGCACUUUAAAAAUACUAAUCACCUUACAAAUCAUUGUUCUUAUGUGGUCAUGGUUUUUUUGUUGUUGUGUCCCUUAGAUGCAUUUUGGUGCGUGUUCUUUCAACUUAGACAAAAAUUAAUAGGAUAAUAGAAAUAUAUAGUCAGAAGGAACACACAAAGAAUUUCAGUAUCUCACAGGAUGGCCUUCUGUCAAAAAUACUAGUUGAUGAAAGUAUUCAAGAUGUACAAAAUAUUUUUCAGACACUUAGGAAGAAUUGCUGUUCAAAGGAGCUUGUAAUCAAAGCACAGACACAAAAUGUGCCUUAAAUUUUUCUUAUUGAUUUGGUAGCUCCCGUCUGGCAUAUUAAAUGUGUUACGGAAUAACCGCGAUGGGAUGAGCAGGAGAAGAGCUGUGCUGACACAACUGCACCGGUCCCAGCACUGAUGCUUCUCUGGGGUGUCAGCAAAGCCUCUCAGCACAUACAAACCCACUGUUGCCAAGUCAGGAGAAUUUAGUGUGUGGCACAGUUUUGGCUUUUAAAUUUCCAGCUGCUGCUCAAUCGAUUAUGUCCUGGGUGAGGUAGAGAGGUGAGAAUUUGAUGAACGGAUACACCCUGAGAGAGAGGUGGCCUGCCAUGGCUGUCCCUUUUCAUGUUGCAGCCAAAAUUUUAUGGUAAGGUACGACAAAGCAUUCCAGUUUCAAAUUUUGUGUAAGAAUGCAUUUGACCAAGUCAAGGGGAUUGAUACACUUCUUUCCCUGUAAUAUUUAUCAACUCUUACAUUCCCUUGCAUUCUUUUCACUAAAUUAAGUUGGUCUUUCCAGCUAGGUUAAGAAAUUUUACAGUCCUAGUUCUGCCAUCUGUAAACUGCCUGUUGCUAAAUUUUAUUAACCUUCAGGAAAACAAAUUACGUGACAGCUACAAUAUAUGCAGAAAAUCAUAGUAAAUAUAAUUCAUUUGGCAUCUGUUUUAUUUAAAUAGAUGAGAAGUCACUCACAAAGUUUCUGAUGAGAAUUCAAAUGCAGUAUGUAUGUUUCAGAACUGUUUAUGUAAUGCAGUUUUAUCUCUAUUGCCUCUCUCCAAAGAGAAUAGUAAUCACAAUAGUUCAUCUUUUAAUUUAUUUUCUAUUGUAUACAGGACUGAGUUAAUGAGCUAUCAUUAGGGGAAGUUUUGAUUUAUUUUUUUAAUAAUUUUCUUAACUGUAGAAGUGUAUGUUCUGUUUUACUGGUGUACUUUAAAAUUAUUUUUAUAUAAAAAUGGAUAUUGUAGGUUUACUGUUAAUAGCAUAGAUUUAAGAGUCAGCUCUUUAUUUUCAUAGGUGUGAGUCUAGUACUUGCCAAUCAACAACAUGUCCGUGUGUUAAAGAAAAUGCACACACAACUGAGAGUAGUUCAUAAUUUGCUACACAUCAUGGUCUGUGCAGUUUCAUGCCUUCAUGAAGAAAACCUUAAUUUCAGUGAACUGCUCUUUGUGGUGGUGUGAGGUUUUUUAAAUAAGCUUCAUAGUGCAUGCAAGUUAGAAAACCUUACAAACCUGCAGGUGUUCUUACUGCAAAAUUUUGGGGUUGAAUCUUCUGUACUGUAUAUGUAUGUUGGUUUUGUGUUGUCUAUGAAAUAUGAAUAAGGGCUUGUCAACAAAGUAACUGUAAAUUAUUUAUUUUUUGUGUAAGAGCACUUAUAUUGGGAUGUUGGUUAACCUCUCCCAGUGUUGAAGGCUGGUCAUACUAACUACUGCAUUUUAUACUUACUGUCUCCUGGGCUCUACAGUAGUCAUGGUGAAACUAUGGAAAAAAACAUUCAGUUCUCUCACGAUAAAAUUUGUUAAAUAUAA